CACAGAAGGGCGACCAAAAUCAAUAGCGAUGUAAAUUUUAAACAUUCUUAUCCGCUUGAGAAGUUUGGUAUCCAAAACCAUCGGUCGAUAAAUGACAACUUAUUGCAUGAACUUGAUCAAUAUUCCGUAUGACUGGAUGUUUCAGGAUACGUUAAUUCAUCCGAGUGAAUAUAAGCUGCUCACAGGACAGGCGCCUCAGCUACGAAGACAUCUGUCGCGCGGGGACCAUUUUUAUCUCCGCAGAAAAAAGAAGAAAGAAAUCAAAAACAGUGACGCUACACGUGAUCAAAAUUUUAUGUGUUGUACAGCUGCCCGUAGUGGUGGGGAUCUCGAUCUCUCAUAUAAAACAGAUUACAUCAUAUCUUUUAAUUAUCAGACGUAUUUCCCAGUCUUUCAACAAACGAUAAAUACUAUCAAACUAAGUCGGCAUGUACUACCACUAAAUAGUGCGACAAAUAAUAGGACACCACUAUUAUUUUGGACGUAGCCACGUUAACUUUAUUCCAGGCCCGCCGUUGGACAUCUGGACCUUUGUGACCUAAUUAGUAAGGUUAACGAGUUUUGAGGGGCGUGGUUCCACUGUGGUGAAGGUGUGGACCAAUAAUUACUGGAAUUAUCAUUGUAACUGGUUGUAUGUGCACUUUUUAGCGGAAACCACUCUUGUCCCAUGUUAUUAAUUUUUGGAGGGACCACAGUGUGUUGUGACGGUCACUGUGUUACGCAUUCUCUGUGCACGUUUAUCUGCAUACACUAGUUAUCUGUCUAUUGUGUGUGGGUACGAAAUAUGAUUCAGUGAAGCCCACAAUAACUAGCGCGCAGCAGAGAGAGAGAGCGAGAGCGAAAGAGGUGGCGCGUAGUGUUGUCCGGAUUUUCGUUGGGACAGAACGCGAGCGACGGUACACAGCAGACGACUUUUAAUUUUCGGGGCCGACUGUGUUUUUUUUCUAAUUUCAUUUCUGAAAUUCACAAGUUGAUUUCACGUGUGUUACACCGUAAAUAUGGCUAGGAUGUCUAAUUACCUGUUCUAUACAUUGUGUGUAUUGGAUUUUAUUUAUUUAACUGAUGCUGUGUGUAAAUACAUGAAACAAGACAUUGCGUACAAAGUGGUGAAAGCUGAUGUUGUUUUAACAGGAAUACCCCAAAAAUUUAUAGACGGAGAUAGUAAAUAUUAUCCCGGUAUACCAGGAGCCAAGGCAUUUGAAAUGAAUGCAGCAUGCAUCUAUAAAGGGCCCAAUAUGAACGAGGCGGUGACUGUAUACGGAGCUGGUAUAUUUGAGGAUGCAUCAGGAAUGUGCCACAACACAACUGUUAAAGUAGGUGAGGAAACCAUACUCUACUUAGAGAAGAAGCCCAAUGGUGAUCUGGUAAUGGAGUUUGUGAAUGACCCAGCGCAUUUUAUAGACGAGCUGAGUGUGUGCGGACUAGAUAAACCCAAACUUGUUAUAGGCCAUCCAGAAGCCGAUUAUUUAGAUGAUAUCUGUCCUUAUGCCGGGGAUGAAUGCGUUAGGUACAUAGAACCAACUACAAAGACGAUCAAAACGGAAGCCCCUACACAGCCACCCACACCGGAACCAGAACCAACAACAGCAAAACCCAACCCAACGACGAAGAAAGAAUUGUAUAGUGUCAGGCCUCAAGUCAAAGAUGGCGAUAACGGAGUAUCGACCUUGACACCCAUGACCUUGAUAAUAACAAUUUCUACCAUUCUGGGUUAUUUGUUGGUUUGAGUAUAAAGAACAUAAUUGUAGGAUAUUUAAUGAAUUAUCACUUGUCGUUAAUGUUAUCGCUUUAAGAAAUGUGUGUACUUUAUAAGUAUAUCAUAGAUGAGAACGGUGAAUCCGAAAUAACCAUUGUCAUUCCAAAGUGCCAUCCAUCAGCAAUAUGGCAAAUACUGUGGUUCGUAUUGAUUUUUUUUUAUUUUUGCAAAUUUCGGAGUUCAUUAUUAUAAAUACUCUUCCAUAUGAACUACCUCUAAGCUUCGUUGUGCGAUCUUGUUGAAAGUUAUAUAUAAGUCAGGAAUGUAUGACAAUACUCUUGUAGUUUAUGUCUUCCCAGCAAUUGAAAUAGAAGGCCUUUCAACUUAGAUAGAUUACUUUCACCAACACUAUAUGGAUAAUCAGUGUGUUUUCUUGUUUCAAUUUCAUUCUCUAUUCACUGGAGAAAUGAUCAUACCUCAACAGACGGUGGUUUUGAGAAACUUACGUCUGUACUUGUAAUGUAGCGCAUGUUUUGUAGGGGUGGGUUGGGUAACGUCUUUAAGAGUUAUCGAUCUUUGAUCGUGUCCAUUGGCUAAAGAAAGAUAACUCUUAGAGAGUGUGUAUAUAAUGGAAUUGAGUCGCCAGUAUUCCGAGAUUCAGAGAGAAAUUGUAAUUUUACUUGACCUGUAUUACGUGGCAGCCUUUAUCUGUAUAUAUAAUGUUGUACUCGGUAUGGUGUGCUUUCGUUAUGAAGUGUUUACAUUUUAUUUACAUUUUAGCUUUUAAUCAACCGAUUUCUCGCCAUUCCAUCUUUCUCACAAUACGAAAUUCGAUUUAUAUGCGGAUCUCUGGGAUAUUUUAUUUUAAUUCAUAACCCCCUCUUCUCUCCAGUUUCUGAAACUUCUUUACGAUGUCGAUGAUAUUAACGAAAUAAUAAAAGUAGACUUAGAAAAAAAUCCGUAAAGUAACAAAAUUUUCAUAAAAUUAGUUUUAAAAAAUAGAAGAUCGUGAGUCUCGGGAAUGAGAUCGAUAGACGCAUUAUUUGGAAACAGUUGUAGUUUGUUUUUGUUAUAUAUAAGUGUUCACAAUCAAAAUGCUGGAGAAGAUAUCCAUUUUUCAUGUGCAAUGUGUAUUUCGUGCAAGUCUUGGAGAGAUUUUUUUUUAUCUAUUUACGUUCAAAGGUAUACGUGUACAUGUUUUUUUAAUUAUCAUUAUUAUUUUAUGCAUACAGCUUUUUAUUUCUUCAUUUUCGUGCAAACAUGCGAGUACACCCGUUGGAAAUUGCUUGUGAGGUUCCCCAUAAUUAUGAUAAAAGCGAAGAAAAAAGAUAAAUAUUAAAUUUUGAAAAUUGUCUAGUACAUUUAUGUAUCAAACUAGUAAUCAAAAAUGUCCUCGCCUUCCUUGUUUUCAGUUUUUGUUUUGUGCUGAUUUGAUUCCAUUGUUUAGAGACAUGUCCUUUGAAUGUACUCCUCACAAUUGCAAUGUCAUGUACGUCGUAGUUUCACUUCUGAUUUUGUUACAGGCAUGAUUUAAUGAGUUUCUACAAACAGCAUAAUAGUGCUAUUAUAACCAAUAUAAGCCAAAACCAGGCGACCAUAGCGUUUGUUGAAAUUUUCCAACUUUCUUUUUCUGACGUUCUUUGGGCUCGCUAUUUGUACGCUGUCAGUUGUAUGUAUAUUUGCUUGUAUGUGUGUAUACUUGUCUAUCGGCUGAUGUUUGGUAUACAUGUGUAUGUUUUUUUUUGGUAUAAAUAAAACAUGCUCGCUGACGUCA